CAACACGACCUACUUACUGUACAGUCAUAGACCCCAGCGGACUAACUACUCAUUAGUUUAGCAUUUUACGCUUACCCCUCUCUGGUUUGGACUAUCGAAGGACUCCCUGAAAAAUAGAGUUCGGAAUGAAAACGAACAAAAACUAGUUUUAAACAUCUAUAUCUAUUAUUUUGGAUACAUCAACGCCUUGCUACUUGUAACACAGCAGCAGCAUGGGGGCACCAGCGACAGCGUACGACGAGAAGAAGGAAACAUGCGGGACCGUCUGUCUGAAGUAUCUCCUAUUCACAUUCAACUUCCUCUUCUGGCUGGCAGGGGGCGUGGUGAUGGCGGUGGGCAUCUGGACGCUGGUGGAGAAGAGCGACUACAUCAGCCUGCUCUCCUCCGCGACCUACGCCGCCUCCGCUUAUAUCCUAAUCCUUGCCGGGGCCAUCGUCAUGGUGACGGGAGUGUUGGGCUGCUGCGCCACCUUCAAGGAGCAGAGGAGGCUGCUGAGAGUGUACUUUGUCUUGCUGCUGUGUAUCUUCCUGCUGGAGAUCCUCGCCGGUGUCCUGGCCUACAUCUAUUACCAGCAGCUCAAUGAGGAGCUGAAACAGAACCUGCGGGAGACCAUGGUGCAGAAGUACAAGCAGCCAGAGCAGGAGCACGUCACCAAAGCAGUGGACAAGCUGCAGCACGAGUUUAAGUGCUGUGGCAGCAACAGCUCAUCGGACUGGGGCGAGAGCGUGUGGAUCCGCACCAGUGAGGCAGAUGGCAGGCUGGUGCCGGAUAGCUGCUGUAAGACCCAGACUCUGAACUGCGGCCGCAGGGACCACCCAUCAAACAUCUACAAGGUGGAGGGGGGUUGUAUCACUAAACUGGAGAACUUCAUUUUGGACCACCUGAAGAUCAUUGGAGCGGUGGGCGUGGGCAUCGCCUGUGUACAGAUUGUGGGGAUGGUGUUUACUUGCUGUCUAUAUCGGAGUUUGAAGGCAGAGCCGUACUGAGAGUAGAACACGAAGAGAAGGAAAGGGGAGGGGUCUAGUCUCUGCCACCCAGUGUCAUCAUAUCCCAGCGACCCCGUUUAGUCAUGGGGUCUACCACUGUGCCAUGCAAACAGAAGAGGACGAUAUGUGUAAGGGUCUAAGAUGCACUUAGGAUAGUGUUUCUUAAUCCAUUCCCUGGGACCCUUUUGGUUCUAGCCUAGCACUAACUCCUCUGAUUCAACAGGGGUUGUAUUGGGCUAGAAUUCCUAGGGGGUCCCAACUUGGAAUGGAUAAUCAGAUUAUUUUCAAGAUAUUACAUGCUAUUUGAUCUACAAUGCUCUAUAUUUUGAUAGUCUGCAACAACAGAGCAGUUGGUAUAUACUAGUGUGAUGUAAAGAUCAGUGGACCAAAAUGGCCCGUGCAUGAGAACAGCUCGUCUUAACAUUGCAAUAAUCAUGACUGUGGCUUAAUGAGCGAGAUCUGACCUCUGGGGCCAAUUACCACGGCAACACAUUUUCUUUAUACAUCAAGUAGCUAUUUAUACAUUUACACACGUCUUUUACACGGUUUCUCUCAACUUUUUAAUUGUUAGUUUAUUUUAAAAAAUGUUUAUCUUUUAAUACAAGGGAUUUCUCCACUUAUGCCAAAGUUGUCGUCAACACUGACUUUGUGUAAAAUCGUAUCAAACUGACUACUCCUGCAAGCCUUUUUCAUGUAUACUGAACAAAAAUAUAAAUGCAA